AUGCCAUUGUGUGAGCCUAGAAAAUUACUACAAGCGGACAUGCAGGAAAGCGCAAGGUUAGAGAGCGGUCAGCGCCCGCUCAGUCCGUCGACGCUACACGAGCGGCUGGUCGGGCACGCGCUCGCCGUCACCGACGAUCUGGUGCGUACCGGACCCGCUUCUCUGUUCGGCGAGGAUACCGCGUGGAUCCGAUUCUCCGAUUCUCACUCUCCCAGUUUCACUGUUCUCUCGCAGGAAGGGAGAUCGGGCGUUUGGGGCGAGCACUCUUACGCACGCGAGCGCGGCGCUGCGCCCCACUCUCGCGUGCGCACGCUGCUGCUGCCCCGCGCUCCUCUCGCCGCGCAGUCUGCACCCCUCGCCCUCGUCGACGCGCACUCGCCGCCGGCCGCGCGGCCCGCGCCGCCCCUCGACCGCCCCGACGACUCGGAUUCAGACGACGACGACGCGACCGACGCCGCCGAUUGGGAGCGGAUCGUCCUUGACGCGGCGACCACCGAGGCGCGACGUCGACUUGCCGGAGCGGUCGUCCGGCUGCUCGCCGAGAUGCGCCUCCGCCGCUUGGCGGUAGACCGGAGUAGAUGGCGGCGCGCAGAAUCCGUCAGAGGAGCGGCGACACGGCUCCGCGGCUCGCUCGCCACGGCGACGGCCGGCGACUGCGCGUGGCUGCACGGCGUCAUGCUCGCUCAUCUGCCGCGUUCGCAGAGGACGCCGUACGAGCGCGUGACGGGUGAACUGCGACGCGUCGCGCCCCGCCUCGCCGCUCGCCUCGCGCCCGACGCGCCGCCGCCGCCGAUCGAGCCGUUGGACGCGGCACCGCCGCCGCUCGACGCCGCGACGCCGGGUCCCUGGCUCGGUUGGGUGAGCGCGGGACUCGAGCGGCGGGACGAACGAUGGCGAAGGCGACUGGGAGCGCUGAUACACGUGCGGCCUCUAGGCGGCGGAAGCGCCGGGGCCGGGGCGCCCCCGGAACGCUGGUGCGCGACGCGAGCCCACGCCGUCCGCUCGGCUCUCGUCCGUCUCCUGCAGGAAGCCGGGUCCCGCCCGGUGGUGUUGGGCGGAUUCGGCGCGGGCGCGGCUCUGGCGGCGCGGUUGGCGAGCGCUCGAGGAGUGCGCGGGGCGGUGCUGCUGGCGCCGCCGCUGCUGACCGCGGAGGGGCCCGACGAGCCGCCGGGCGAGGCGCCGUCGGCGGCCUUGCUCGUGGCGGGCGGCGCGGCGGCGACCACCGGGCGCGGCGCUGCGGCGCAGAUGGCGUCCGGCGGCGGCUCUCGGCGUCUGCUGCUAGUCGCCGGCGCCGACGACGCGCUUCGUCUGCCGCGCCGUCACCGCCUGCGUCUCGGCCUGCCGCAGCAGGCGCUGGACGCCGCGAUCGCGGAGGAGUGCGCUCGCUGGAUCGGCGAGGUGUGCGCCGAGGAGGAGGACGAACGGACCGAAGAGUGCGCCGGAGUCGCCGUCGCCGCUGACGUGUCGCCGGGAGCCGGGGCGGCGGAGGGCCGCGUGGUGUCUCGCGUGUCCGGCGGAACCCCGCUGGCGCUACGGCCCCCGGGCGGGCGCCGCGCCGACUUCCACGCCGCCGAUAUCAUGCGCCUGCCCAUCGUGUUCGCCGACGACUUGCCCGACGCCGCCGAGCCGAAAGAGGAACGCCUGCGAGUCGUGGCCGGGGCCACGCGAACUACGCGCGUCAUCGUGACGAAGCGCUCCGCUCUCGAGGGCGCUCCUUCGAUCCGCCGACCGCGCGCCGCGGACCCGCAACGCCGACGGCCUUGA